AUGGAGGAACUUCCUGCGUUUCUUCCGAAUGCGCAGUUUGAGAUCAAGCAUGCAGCAGCUCUCGCCGACCAGCUCAAAUUAGAUCAAACCAGAUGCAGAGAAAAUCUCGUGCCUAGCCGACUGGUGCUGGUUUUACCAAAACGAAAAUCCGCCUCGUCGCUGUUUGAUGCCAUCGCCUGGCAUGUCACACCGCACGAAGAGGUUCCUCGGGCACUGCGACAGGCAAGAUGUGAAGGAAUUAUCGAAAGCAUCACAUCUUACUGGACUGGGCUGGAUAUCCGGUCUGGAGCUGAUUGCGAUGAUAGCAGACUUCCCCUGGGGGCAGCCCAUGUACCGAAGACCCACGAGCUGGAAGCGACUCUCAAAGUGCUGCGGUAUCUUGAGGCGAGGGCGUCGGUGUCCAGUAUUACGCAGGGCAGCUCUUUCAGUGACGUGGUCGGUGCAGUGGAAUCGCACCUGCAGAUGGACAACAUCAUGCGCAAUACUUUCCACGAAGAAGCCGAAGCGCGCAGGAAACUGAGCACUGGCAGAAAGCCGUCCAAACCCCGAUGCUACAUGUGCCGUCGGCUGCUCUCCAGCACAGGCACUCAUAAUCUGUAUUCUUCGCUGUGCGUUGAUUGUGGAGACUUCAACCUGAGCUCAUCCAAUAUGUCGCAGCCAUCUAAUCUGUGCCUCAAUGGCAAAAUCGCGCUCGUCACCGGUGGCCGAAUCAAUCUGGGGUAUCAAACAGCUUUGAGAUUGCUUCGAUGUGGAGCACAUGUUAUUGUCUCUUCGCGCUACCCGGCCGAUGCAGCGAGUCGGUAUGCACUGGAACGCGAUUUCACAAAAUGGGAUUCAAGGCUCAAAAUCGUCGGCGCCGAUUUUCGGACGGCCAAAGACGCAUUUCGCCUCGUUCGUGUCGUCAAGGAACUCGUACGCUUUUGGUGUAAAGAGAUGGGCCCAGGGAGACAGGAAUCCCUGGAUAUCUUGAUCAACAAUGCUGCGCAGACCUUGACAGAUCCCGUGAGAGCGGAGGCCGCGGCGAUAUCUCGCGAGGAGCUGCUGAAAGACCACCCCCGUACGAAAGCGCUGAUAGCCGGGCAGCUGGAAAACAGAUACCUGCCCAUGAUACGAGGAGGAAUGCAUGCAUCCUGGAUCCCAAGCAUCGAAAAUAGUUCCAACAACCUACAGGUCGAGAAUGGCACCAACAAGCCAGAAAACAAAGCUAUAACCCGAAAGGGCUUCCAUACGGACAAUGAUAACGACUCGAGGAAAUCUUCCUGGGUCCAGACCCUCAACCAAAUCCCUUACGAAGACCUCAUCAGCGCACACUCUGUCAACGCAUUCGUCCCUCUGAUAUUAUGUCGGGAGCUGCUACCCUGCAUGGGUUCAUAUAGCCCGCCUUUAUUAAGAGAACGACCACGGGGCUACAUUGUCAACGUCUCAUCGCGGGAGGGCAUCUUCGAGGACGUCUCUGAUUCGCGCAGUAAGGCCGGCCACCAUGUACAUACAAAUAUGUCAAAGGCUGCCAUCAACAUGAUUACCGAGACCGAGGCGGGCGUCGCGUGGGAGUCGCGCCAUGUUGCGAUGAACUCCGUCGACCCCGGAUACAUGAGUGCGGCCCCGGAAUGUCAGCCUCAGGGUGGAUGUCCUAUUGGAUUCGAGGAUGGGGCUGCUCGAUUGUUAUGGCCCAUUGUUGUGGGAGAGAAGGAGGGCCGAGUCAUUUCGGGCAGGUUCCUCAAGCACUUUGAGGAGGGUGCUGCAAUCAUCCGUCGAUGA